CAUGCAAAUUCAGUUCCCUUUGGCUUCUUAGCAACUGACGGUGAAACGCUGCGUGGAACAAACACCACAUUUCAGUUUACAAGCAAGAACUGAGCCGCUCCUUCGUGGUGUCAAAAUGAAAGCAAUAAGUCCGGUGAGGUCUUUGAGGAAGAACAGCGCGAGCUUGUCGGAACACAGUCUCGGAAUUUCUAGGAGCAAGACUCCUGUGGAUGACCCGUUAAGUCUACUCUACAACAUGAACGACUGCUAUUCCAAGCUCAAGGAGCUCGUGCCCAGCCUCCCACAAAAUAAGAACGUUAGCAAGAUGGAAAUUCUGCAGCAUGUCAUCGAUUAUAUUCUGGACCUUCAAAUUGCACUUGACUCUAAUUCCGCUAUUGUCGGCCUCCCACAUCACCAGCGACCAGGGCAGGCUACAUCCAGGACUCCCUUGACAACCCUCAACACAGACAUAAGCAUCAUCUCUUUACAGUCUGCCGAGUUUCCAACAACACCAGUAAACACAGAUGACAGCAAGAGGCUAUUUCGCUGAACUGGUGUUUGGUUUGGACAAAAAUACGGGACCUGACAUUUUUCUGUUUUUUUCUGGAUCUGGAUUUCAUCUUUAAUUGAAGUAAGAGACAAUAUUUUCCCAAAAAAAAUAAAAAGUAGGAAGUGAAGGAAGAAGGACUGCGUCUAUGUGUUAUAUUAUUUCGGAUAGUUAUUUAUCGAUACAGACUGUUCUUUCUUCAGAUGGAAGACUUAUAAUAUUCCCGACAGCGGGAGCAAAAUAAAAAAAAAGUCGCAUGGAAACCCCACACCUCAUGAAAAGUCUUUGCCUUCUUGCAAAGGUGGAGCGUGAAUCGAAGAGAACUUGGAUGUUGUUCAUAUUUUUUUGUUAAUUCUGUUUUGUCAAACAAGGACUGGACACAGUAAAAAUGAAUGCGUGAAACCUUGUGACCUCUCUGUAUAGUUGCAGAUUCCAUGUUUCUGCAGAAAAUAUGAUUCUGUACUUGAUGCUGAAUUGUUUUAUAAAAUAAUAUUGUAAAUUGUAUCUUUUUUCUACAAAAAAAAUAAAUCAAAUGAUUUAUUUGAAUAUUCCAAGAAUCACCCUAGUAAGUUAAUGAUGCUAGUUUUAAUCGUUGUACUUUGUGGACACACUUUUUUCGAGCCCAUUUACGGAAUGUUAAUCCAUGUUGAUUUCCAUGCCUGUUGAUGAAAGGCUACUCACUGUCUGUACUCUGGUAGUUAAGGUGUUUUCGCUCUGUUGCCAAAACAGAAUCCAAAGGCAUUUUUUGCGAUAUGUGAAGGUAUUUCGUCCAGUAAAUUCCAUAACACACCGUAAUAAUCGUUUGAUUUUCCCUUAUUUUGGUUGUUAAUGUAUAGCAGUGCUCUCUUCCAUUAUUUUAGAGCAUCUAAAACAUCUAUUUAUGUCCAGUUGUCGCCUACUUGUGUCUCAGAGUCCUAUUAAGAUUGCAUCGUGUGGAGAGCAUCGGCGUCUCACCUGUGCGCAUGUCGUCGAACUGGGUCACACAGGUGUUUCUAUGGCGCCAGGCAGUCUGGAAGAGCUGCCCAAAAUGCCUCACGCAGACAUACUCAUCUUACCAUGCAGCCAUUCGUCUGGUAAUAAUUAACAACACUGUGACUCAAUAUAACAGAACACGGGCACCACGCGGAAUGGAACAGACAAGCAUCCCGGUGCUGCGACCAGCAUAGAAAUUGCAAUUUGCAAUAGUCUACUGUACGACAAAACACCCCAUAUAAUAACUAUGUAAGGUGGCGCAAGUAUUUUCAAUGUCAUUGAGAUUCGCUUAUUUGAAAUGAAUUUCACUGGAAAGGACGCUUUCAAUAACCCCUUCCUUUGCGCCGUUUAUAUUGGGUAUUGUCAGGGAGACUGUAUUUAUAUUCCACAAACAAAAGAUGUAUUAACGGUUGGCUAUUUAACUUAAUAGAGAUUUGAGUUGCUACGCAUUUACAAUCUGGAAUGAAAAGUAAUCAAUUGAAUUUUAUGAGCCAAAUAAUUUUCAGGGCUUCAAUAUUUAUAUAUUUAUAAUAUUUGAUAUGCAUACAAUGCCUGUAGAUGACUAUGACUACUAAUUGUGACCACUGGCUCUUUCCCGAAUUUCCCCAUAAGAAAGUACACCUUUGCGCUCCAAUUGUCCAAAAUAAUAUAGUCGAAGAAAGUGCGCCUCCUGCUGGUUGCAACAGACGAGGAUGAGGGGGGAAAUAUCCUGUCGAUUAGAGGCGUAUAAUUUUGAGGUUCUCACAACAAACCGUGCGUAGGAUUCUUUUUUUUUAGUUUACAAAUGUGCAUUACUGCACCGCUAUUAUGGGCUAAGUGCCCCUUUGGUCAUAUAGAAUAUGUUUGUAUUAGUACUGUUGCUGUCAUUAAUUAUCAUUCAAUCAAUUUGGGCAAUAAUAUGUUCUGUAUAAUAUAUUUCUUGUUGUCGUAAAAGUUUUGGUAAAAGGUUGGUCUGCCCGUUUCCACUUCGAAAGCUCUCAAAAAAUAAGUCUCCGCACUUCCCUGCAUAUCGGUAUUGUGAAUCCCCAGAAUUUCCUUCCCUCUGUUAACCAACCAUCAAGCAUAACAUUUUAAACUUUAAUUAACAAGUUAUAUUAUGUGUACAGAAAGUAAGCAGAGUCUUAAAGUAUCUUAUUGUUGACAAUGUACACUUAACGACAAUGCACGUUUCCUGCAGCCGGAAACUGGACAACGAUUUGCUGUGAAAUAUUAAACGAAUUACAAGA